GUCAAAAAGUGAAAACGCACAACCACGAACGGCCCGAUAUAUUCAUUCCUCAUUAAACCAAACUUCCAUCAUACCCCCAUCUAUCUAUCGAGAUUCGGACAAAACAUCUGUGUAGAUCUCUUACAAGAUUAUGAAAAAACACACCCUUGUCUUCACCAUCUUCCUACUUCUUAACCAAUCGCUCAGUUUGGAUCCCAGCUACGAAGCUUGUGUUGCAAAAGACUGUGGAGAUGGGCUUAAAGUUAGUUUUCCAUUUUUCAUCAACGGACUACAUGAUUCCUCUUGUGGUUACCCUGGAUUUGAGCUCCGCUGCAGCAAUGGCUCCUCAAUUCUUCGGAUCGCAGAAAACGACUUCAUUGUUAAAGAUAUUCAAUAUAAAAACAGCUCCCUCCGUCUCCAAGACGCCACGAUUUUGCCGAAUCAAACUGAAUCCUGUCCCUCGAAGAUCAGGAACAUAACGCUUGAAGCUAACCGAUUCCGGAUAGACAAUGUUUCUACUACGAAACUCAUUUUGAUUUCGAACUGCUCGAGUGUAUUGCCGGUGAAUCUGGAAAGGUAUAGAAUACGAUCCUGUGAGGAAAGUAAUGAGGUGGUGAUGCUUGCUAAUGAUAUGAAUUUGAGAAAUGUAACGAGAAGUUGUGGGUAUGGUCGUAAGGUUGUGGAGACGCUGGUAGAAUUGAGUGGCGAAGAAGGGAGGAGUCAGGUCGUUGACGGUGAUAACUACCUGGAGGUAGUGGAAAGGGGGUUCGUGUUGCAUUGGCUUGCGGCGGAUUGUGGUGUUUGUGAGAGCAGCGGUGGUAGGUGUGGGUUCAAUCAGAUGACUUUCGGAUUUCGUUGUUUUUGUCGCGAUAGGCCCCAUAUGGAACAAAAAAAAAUCAUCAGUGAUUCUUGUCACGGCUCUUUGUAUAGGAUUAGGGACAAUAUUGGUUGUGAUAAUGUUAUGCUUCAUAAGGAAAUUCAAAAGGAGAAGAAGUACUCAGAGCUACGUUAA